CAUUGUGUCGUACUGGAGGUCCCUCCGAAGAAUCAAAAGGUGUGUCAAUUCUAAAAGGUUUCCCAUGGCAGCCUUUCAGCCUUUGCUUCUUCUCAUCCUGACUGAAUUAGUUGCCUCUCAUCCUAUAAUCAUCACCAAAUAUGGACGAGUUCGAGGGAGGUUGAUGACUGUGCUAGAUGGUCAGGUUCAAGUAUUUCUUGGUAUUCCGUAUGCAAGACCGCCUACUGGAAGUUAUAGAUUCCUUCCUCCGACCCCUAAACCUAAAUGGGAACAUGUGUUGGAUGCCGCUGCAUUACCAAAUUCCUGCUACCAGGUGCGAGAUACCACCUUCCCAGGGUUUGAAGGUGCGGAGAUGUGGAAUCCAAACACCCCUGUGAGUGAGGACUGUCUGUACUUGAAUGUUUGGGCCCCUGUGUUCAAGACACCCACACCCCAACGCGCAGAUCGUGUUCCCGUAUUAGUUUGGAUAUAUGGAGGUUCCUUUGUGUCAGGAACAUCCACCCUGGAUGUCUACCAAGGCCAUUUCCUGUGUAAAUCUCAGAAGGUUGUUGUGGUAUCUAUGAAUUACAGACUGGGACCACUUGGCUUUCUGGCUAUUCAUGGACACAAAGAAAUCCAGGGAAAUCAAGGUCUACUGGAUCAGCGUUUGGCACUUAAAUGGGUGGUUGAUAACAUCGCUGUAUUUGGAGGUGAUCCUAAAAAGAUAACACUAUUUGGGGAGAGUGCUGGAGCAGCAUCUGUGGGGUUCCACCUGGUCUCUCCAGGCAGCCAGGGCCUCUUUCAAAGGGCUGUGAUGCAGAGCGGCGUCCCUAAUGCAGCAUGGGCCAUAGCAAAUAAAACUGAGAUAUAUGACAGAGCCGUCGGACUAGCAAAAUUGCUAGGAUGCCCCGUGGAUAGUUCUUAUCGUAUGGGAUAUUGUUUGCAGGAUGCUAGUGCUGAAGCCAUAGUAAACAAACAAUAUGAAAAUCUUGUUCCGCCUUCAGUUUUGUCCGUGCCUUUUGUCCCAAAUAUUGAUGGAGACGUCAUACCAUCUGACAUAGAAACGUUGCUAAAAAGCUCUACUCUUAACAAAAAAGAACUGUUUAUAGGCUUGAAUAAAGAUGAAGGAACCUACUUUCUUUUUUAUGGAAUGCCUGGUUUCACUCGCGAGGGUGAAAGUUUCAUCACCAGGAAGAACUUUAUGGACGGUUUACCACUAGCACUGACAAAUAAAAGUAAGCUUGUUAAAGAAGCUGCUAUUUUUGACUACACUGAUUGGCAAGAUGAAUCCGAUACGCGGACCAACCGUGAUCAAAUGGGGAGGAUGGUUGGAGAUGUGCUGUUCAAUUGUCCUGUAAUGGCAUUUGCUACUAAGUUUGCAGAACAUGGCGGUAAGACCUUUUUUUAUUUUUUUGACCAUGUGUCAUCCAAAAAUCCCUGGCCAAAAUGGGCGGGUGUUAUGCAUGGCUACGAGAUAGAAUUUGUCUUUGGGAUGCCUCUGAAUACUUUGUUGAAGUACUCAGAGGAUGAAGUGACUUUGGCCAAGACGGUUAUGCAGCACUAUGGCAACUUUGCCCGGACUGGAAAUCCAGGGUUUAGAGGAGGUGAUUGGCCACUGUUUACCGCUAAAGCUCAGAUCUAUGUCGCUUUGCAUGACGAUAGUAAAGGAAUAAAGAGCAGGUUCAAAGCUAACGAGUGUUAUUUGUGGAACAAUUUGAUGAAAGAAUAUCAGAAGUUGUCAGAUUCCCUGACGCAGUGCACUUCAAGUGGGAUUGUUCACUACAAUUGGGUGUUCCCUCUUAUUUUGUUAGUUAUCAGUUUUACCCAUUGACUGAGCUCCUGCUCUCUGUUUAAUUCGUGUGUUUAAUGUGUAACAGGUGGGUGUUUGCUUUUCUUAAAUAUGUCAAAUAUUAUCAGAGCACCACCUGAAGCCCAUAUGUUGAUCUUCGGGUCCCGAUAGCCUGUUUUAUUUAAGGGUUCACUGAAAAGCAUAGUUUGAAAAAAGGCCCUUUAAAAUUAUUUUUACACUGUUUGAAUAACUUCCUUCCUAUGCUGAUUACGAAUAGUUGUUAAAGUGGUUUAUCAUUAAAACAAAUGUAUUCUAUUUUUCCUUGACUGGUUUUUUAUUUGUUAGAAACACACAAUAUGUCACUAGUUGUUGCUUGGUCUUUUUAAGACCUUGUUAUUAAAUACAAAUGUGAAAAUGAGGAAAUAGCAACAGAAAAAGGUCCAGUAGCCUCUCUUGUGUUUAUAAGCUACAUUUGCAAGAGCUAUUUCUAAGCUUGUGGUUUGUUUAUUAUUGCUAUAACAACUCCAUAGCAACUAUUUGCCAAGAUGGCCAUCAGUUACAAAGUUCACUGAAGUGUGACGUCACAUGAGAACUUUUAUUAUUAACCCAUUAAAAGCUUACAAAACUAUUACAUCAUCCUCAGGGCUUUCAGAUAUUGUAUAAAUGCAGAGUAAUUACUUCAUGUCAAUUUCUGAGUUUCAAGAAAUUAAAACUCAGGGGUUCGAGCUUACUGGCUCUAACCCUAUACUAUUCAAUCUUGUAGCAAACAGACACAACUCUGGUCAUCUGAACUAACCUCAAACAUGAAAGCUGACUCAGUGUCUAACAAAUGUGACAAAAAGGUUUGUGUCCACAAUGUUAGAUUCUUAAGCAAUACCUUUCUCAAAGAAUAUGCUGCCCUUUUAUUGUCGUUACUAUUUUAGGUGCUAUUGUCCAUAGAAAAAAAAAUUGUCUACUAAUCAGAAUCAGUAGGUUAAAACUCAGGUAUUAAAAUUCUGUAAAAAACAUUAAAAGGGUAAAACAUCCAAGAGGAUGAAUGCAUCUUUAUCUGAACUGAUUUGUUGAUUUGUAUUUGAUUUUUCAGUUGAUUUGUGUUGACUUUAUUUUGGAAAACUUAUUUACACUUUGUUGGUGUUGAGUAUAUGAAAGAAAGAUUCUGUGAAAUACCAAGAAAGUUCUAUGUGGUAGAACAGUGAAUUAUUGACUGUUUAAGACAUAUGGCAAUUAAAACUGGAGAUAAAUUAUUUUCUCUGAGGUAGUUCUUUUGUUUGUCUUCAUUGCAAUGCAAAAAAAUAUCUGUUUGAGGCACCCUUGACUCUCUUUACUUCAAAGCAUUUUUUUUCCCCAAUAUGUGAUAAAAAUUCCAAAUAAGUUGUAAGGAUUUCGAAACCACUGUUUGGUAAAACGAUACAGCAACUGAAGCAUGUUUUAAACAUAAUGCAAUCUAACUUUGCUAACUGUCACUUAUGCCCUCAAGCAACUUGAGUACAUUUAUUUAUUGUGUU